AUGGGGCAGCACACUAUGAAGCUUCUGCCCGCCGUCCCUACAAGGAGUUCCGUAGUGCCCGAUCGGCUCAAGCUGCUUGAUCGCACGCGCCUCUCGCGCCGACUCUUCUCUCUUGCGGCUGCCAUGGCGAGGGGGAACGUGAUCCUCCCCGAGACCCUCCGCGAGACUCUCGGGGACGCCGUCGGGGACGAGAGCAUCAAUUUCGGCGAGGCCCUCGCGCACGCCGACGGCAUGAAGCCCCACUUCCACGCUGGCCUCCCACGCGGCCACGUAGGGCAAGAGGGGCUAUCGCAGAUCGCGGAUCUUCCUGCUGCGCCCAUGAACGUCCACGCAGGCACGAAGAUCUCUUACUUCGGGGACCUGCUGAUGAACCAGGCUUACGGGGAGAUCACGGGCACUGACGGGAAAACGGUCGGUGUCCUCACUGACUGGAAGGACCCCCAAGGGCAACCGUGCCGUUUGGACGUGGUCAAGGACCUUGCCACGAAGUCCAAUUUCAGCGGCCUCCCUCCACCGUUCGACCUCAAGAGCCAACCUGGUGGGCCGUACGUCAUGCAGAUCUUCGUCGUGGGCGCUGGCGAUGGCAAAGUGAACAUUUUCAAGGGCGUUGACCUGAAGGGCCAGUUCCUGAAGAUGGCCAACUGCGAGCCCAUGUGUCAUGGUACGGGCGUCGUGUAUCAGUAUGGGAACCAGUACAGAGCAGGCCGCAAUGCGAUCUGUUACCUCCUGGAGAAGCUCGGCGGCCUACAGAUUCGCUUCUCCGCGCUGACCGCCACGGCAAAGCCUGCCAAGCGCACGACCGAGUGGGAUAAGAAGCAGGAAGGGUACCGCUACAUCGAGAAGAAGGGCCCGAAUAGCAACAACCGCAAUCAGUUCAUGGAGUUCGCGGACAAGGAGAUCAACGACCCGCAGUCGAAAAUCUACGGUUGGGAGGAGUCCCGCGUGGUCCAGGCGCUGCGGAACCACGCGAGCGGGCGCAUCAACGCCAAGCGCCUCUCUGUCUGGGUGCUCACGCUGAAGGGCUUCGAGCCGUGGUUCAUCAACGAGGUGCUCGUGAAGAUCCUGCCAACUCUCCGCCGCAACGGCGUGCUCUGGAUCGGCAAGACCAGGGUGGGGAAGUCGACGGCGUCGAAGACACUUGCGUUCUUGAUGUCCAUGAUCGAGAUCGAUGCCCUUGGGGGCGAUGACAGGGAGGGCGCGCCUGAGCCUUCAAUUGUCGCCGCCAAGCAUUUUGAUUUCUUCAAGGGCGAGCCCGUGGAGAGGGUGCUGCCCGCGGUGUUCGACGAUGGGGACUUGCACAAGCAGGACGCGUCUGUGCUGAAGGCCUUCCUCAACCCGAGCGAGGAGGAUUCCACGCUGUGGGCGAGGUGGGGGUCCAGCACGUUCGCCCCAGGGGCGUCCCGCCAGGCCGUGAACAACAGCUACGACAAUGCUUUGGAGAAGCGGUUGGUGGCAGAAUGGCGCCAGGGGAAAGCCAUGGAGAUCACGAUCCAGCAGUUCAUGACUCUCAUCGCGCCCUCCCUGAAGCAGAUCACAGAGGAAGAGGACAUGAAGGCCCUGCUCGCGAGGUCCCACGUCGUCGUGACCACGGACGCCCGCGUGUACUUCCGCUUGGCAUCAGAUGAGUUUCCAGAGGACGGCGUCGUGCCCUUUUACACAUACAGCAAGAAGUCAAAGCCUGACCUCUUCAACUACUCGCCCGAGGCGCGCGCGUGCUUCGGCAGGUACAAGGACGACCCGACCUCUCCGAACAACUACCCGUCCGACUUCAAGGAGAAGGCGGAGUGGUCCUUGAAUUUCGCGAAGCGCCUGAUGCGUGGCGAGGACGUGCCCACCGUGUCGAUCACCCGCGGUGCCUCGCUCUUCGGGCAGCCCGUGCAUAGCGUCCAGCCAGCGGUCGUGCCACCGCCAGUGGGCGGUUCAGGCAGUGGCGCGGCUUCUUCGAGCGGCUUGUCAGGGCCGUCUGCGGUCGCUGGCACGGGGUGCGCUGGCGAGCUGAGCAACGUGGGCGCGGCGGAGCAGCAGGCGAUCUACGCCGCGAUGCAGGAACAAUUCUUCGAGGGCAACAAGAAGGACAGCGGCGCGUUGGUGGACCUCAUGUCGCCUCCCCGCAAGCGCCUGGCGACGGGCGCCAGGGCUCCCUUCGGGUGCGGCGGCGAGCUCGGCGACGUGGACUUGGCUGAGCAGGCCGCGAUCUACGAGCAGAUCCAGCAGGCGUUCUUCAACCGGAACCAGGUUGACUCUGGCACGCAGAUGGACCUCACCACUCCUCCCCGUCAGCGCCCUGACACGGCGGGCGACGACUUCGACUUGCAGGCCGAGCUCGAGCGCCACUUAGACAUGGAGGAAGAACUCGAGCGCCAGCUAGCGGAGGAAGCCUGCAAUCAGGCGGCAGAGGACGCCGCGGGCCAGGGCGACGCCACGGAGGAGUGA